UCCUUUUCUUUGAAUCUUACCAACAAAACACUCUUAUACUUAGAAACUGAGGAGCGAGACGGAGAGGAGGAGGGAGAGACAGAAAGAGAAAGGAUGGAUUCAUCCAAAUCAUCUGCAUCACAAAGCACAGAAAGAGGAUGCUUCUUUUCCCAAGUGUUCUUAUGGACCGUUGCUGGGCUCUGCAUCCUGCUACUGAGUGCCUGUUUUAUCACCAGAUGUAUUGUGACAUAUCACACCUUUCAGCUCUGUGAUGAGAAAAAGUUCCAGCCACCUGAGGAUGUCACGGAGUUCUCCUGCUAUAAUGAUGGAUUAAGUUCAGUCAAGAGUUGCUGUCCAUUGAACUGGGUACAUUUUCAAUCCAGCUGCUAUUUAUUUUCUACUGACACCAUGACGUGGACAGCAAGCUUAAAAAACUGCUCGAGCAUGGGAGCUCAUCUGGUGGUUAUCAACACAGAGGAGGAGCAGGAAUUCCUUUACAGUAUGAAACCUAAAAAGAAAGAGUUUUAUAUUGGACUGACGGACCAGGUGACUGAGAGUCAGUGGCAAUGGGUGGAUGGUACACCUUUCACAAAGUCUCUGAGCUUCUGGGAUAUAGGAGAGCCUAACAACAUAGCUACAGUGGAGGACUGCGCCACCAUAAGAGACUCUUCAAAUCCAAGGCAAAACUGGAAUGAUAUGCCCUGUUUCUUCAAUAUGUUUCGGAUCUGUGAAAUGCCAGAAAGAAAAGUUGAACAGAGAUAAAUCUCCAAGACAGAAGGCACAACGUAAACAUAUAAAUGAGAAGGAAUAAGC